GCGCGCUGCCCCCGCGACGAUGGGCGGCGUGGACGGCGGGGACUCGUCCGUGGACGCGAUAUGGGCGUCCCUGAAGGCGAAGACCGCGCCGUCGCAGCACGCCGCGCGCGCCAAGGCGCUCAUCAGGGGCGCGUCCGACCGCGGCUCCGCCUCGCCGUCGUCCUCGAACCGCGCCAACAAUUCCGCGUCCGCCGGUUCAAAGUCGCCCAAGCCGUCCGAGCGCGCGCGCGACCUCCCCGUCGCGCCGUCUCGAACGCGCGGCUCCGCGUGCGCGUCGUCGUCGUCGUCGUCGUCGGCCGCGCCCGCCGACGCGGACGACGCCGCGCUCGCCGAAUCUCGCGCGCCGACGACGCGCGCGUUCGAGACGGCGGACGAGCUCGGCGCCGCGAUCGCGCGCGAUCUGAACGCGCUCGCGGACGCGCAGGGGUCCGCGGCCGGGCGCCUCCGCGCGCUCCGCGCGAUCCGUCGCGUGAUCGACACCGCGUCCCCGAAGCUCCUCGCGGACGCCGCGGCGUCGAUCCUCGCCAAGCCGCUCCUGCGACGGUUCGAAGACGUCAGCGAGCAGUGCCGCGAAGCCGCGGUGGACGCGCUCGCGGCGCUCGUCGCGCGCGGCGGCGAAGACGUCACCUUGGACCUCCUCCCGUAUCUCAUCCCCGUCCUGCGCGAUCGCUUAGGCCCGCUCGCGACGGACGGGAAGGACCCAUCGGAGCCCGCGGAGGAGAUUCGCGCGUCCGCGCACGCGCUGUUGACGAGCGCGACGCGCGACGCGGGGACGGGGAUCGCGGCGUACGCGUCCGACGUAGCGGAAGUGCUGGAGUUUACGUGCGAGGAUAAACACGUGGACGUCGUCGUUCAGGCGUGCGCGUGCCUCGAGCAGCUCGUGACGCACUUGGGGCGACGGCUGCAGCCGAUCGCGAAGAAGCUCGCGUGGACGUUCACGCCGAACUUGACGCACAAACGCGCGAGGGUGCGCGUGGAGACGUUGAAGGCGCUUCGAGUGUUGAUGCACUGCAGCGCGCACGAGACGAUUCUGGACCUCGUCGCGUUUAAGCACCCGAACCUCGUGCCCAUCAAGGCGUUCUACGGCGACGACCAGAAGGUGAACUACUUCGGGAAGCUCGCUACCGACGGCGCCGUGCACGUGCGGAGAGAGUUUAUUCGCACCGUCGGCGACUGGAUGACGACGCUCACGGAGCGGACAGACCACGAGAGCAGGCUGCUUCCGUACGUCAUGUCCGCGCUGACGGACGAGGCGAGCGUCGUGCAGGAGGACGCGAUGGAGUUGAUGGAUAAGCUCGGCGCGCAGUACGAGCGAGAGCACGAGAAUGACUUGAAGAGCACGAUGGCGUACAUGCCGGAACAUUUCGGCGGGGAGGCGGCGUACGGCGCCGGCGACGACGCGCUCGUUUUGCCGCCGCCGUUCACGACGCGGCCGCGGUUAGGGUCGCGGAUUUUGGUGAAGAACAACUUCAGCGCGGUCGUGAACCCGGUGAUCGGCGAGAUGUCGUCCUGGCAGACGGAACUCCGAGGUAAAGCCGCGACGUUGCUUCGGACGAUGAUGGUGUACCUGGAAGAGAACGCGACGCAACACUGCGCGCAGCUCUGCGCGUCGUUCGUCGUCGCGAGCGCGGACGAUAACGUCAGCGAGAACGUCCGCGACUGCGGGAAACUCUUAGGCCGCUUCGUGGCCCCGAAAGAGUGGCUCUCCGUGCUCGUCGAGAAGCUCGGCGCGACGAACGACACCGCGACGCGAACGGGCGCGGCUCGCGUGUUGGCAGCGUGUUUAGCCGGCGCGUCCGCGGACGCCAUGGCGGCGACGGACGACGCCACGGGCACUCCGCUCGUCUCCGUCGUCCUCGACGCGCUGUCCGACCCCGAACUCGUCGGGAGCGCGGACACGUCGCUUCGAGCGGCCGUGUGCGGCGUCGUGGAGACGUGCGCGGCGGAGAAGAGCGGGACGUGGAGCGACCGCGUCGCGGCGCUCGUCGGCGUCGCGAUUCGUCUCGGCGGCGGCGAGGGCGUGGAGCGGACGCCGUUGGCUUCCAGCGCGGCCGCGGUCGCCGCGCGAGGCGCGAUCGACGUGGACGACGCCGGGGACAAGGCCGCGGCGGCGAUGCGGCGGGCGCUGAGCGCGCUCGCGAGCGCGGGAGGACACGCGGACGCGUCGGCGCUCGUCGCGUCCGCGCGCGGGGCGCUUCUGACGCCGCUCCGAAGCCUUCCCCCGAAAGGGUGGAAGCCCGCGGACGCGGCGGUCCUCGCCGCCGCCGCGGAAGCGCCCGGGACGCCGUCCCCGGAGGAGACCUCCGCGCUCGUUCAGCUCUCCGCGCUCGUCGCGGAGCGCGCGGCCGGGGCGGACGUGCGAGAACGGUUGCUGUCGUUUCCGUUCAUCGCGCGGCCGUCGACGUCCGCGGCGUUAUCCGACGGCGACGUUGCGCUGCUCCUCGGCGCGGCUCUGAGGGCGGCGGCCGCGGACGCGUGCGUCCCCGGCGGCAUCGCUCGCGACGCGCUCGCGGCGUCGCUCGCGGCGUUGCGACCCGGGGCGUGCGCGUCGUCCGCGGCGGCGGCGGCGGCGCGCGACGCGUCCGUCGCGUUGUCCGACGCGAUGUCUCGCGUCGACGCGCCCGCGCCCGUCCGUCGCGACGCGAUCGAGGUGACGCGCGCGCUCGUCGAGCGCCACGACGAGACGUGCGCGAUCGCGAUCGAGACGGUCGUCAGGGUGGUCACCGCGCUGAGGGCGCGUCUGGACGACAGCGCGGACGACGUCCGCCGCGCCGCCGCCGCCGCGCUCGCGUCGACGGCGUCGUCGUCCUCCGCGUUUGCAACCUACCACGCGUGUUUGGCGACGCUGCAGCCGCACCUCCUGAGCGACGACGCGUUUAAAAACGACGCACGCGGCGUCUUACUCGCGGGAAUGAAAUCGCACGCGGUCGCGACGUCCGCGGCGGUGGACCGGUCGCGGGUGCGCGCGACCGAGCACGCGGACGUCUUGAGCGGCGUCGGCGGAGGGACGUGGACGGAGAGCGACGUGGAAGGGUUCGACGACGCGAUGGCGACGUUCCGCGCCGCCGAGGCCGCGGCCGCGGAGGCGCGAAAGGCGGAACAGAGAUCGGAGGAGGAGAUCGCGGCGGACGGCGCGACGAAACGUCUCGCCGCGGUCGGGAUCGACGUCGACGCGCCGGUGGAGAGGGCGGCGGCGGCGGCGACGCGCGAAGAAGACGCGGGCGACGACGACGAGCCGUUCGAUCUCGAUUGA